AGCUUUUAUUUUGAAAACGGAAGAUGACCUGGAAGUAAAUAAACAUCACGUGUGGGUGCGUUUGAAAAUGUCGACCGACGGAGCAGCUAAAAGAACCAACCCUGUGUCUUCUCAGUCUGAGGAGCGCGUGGACUGGAAGAAACGGAAAACAGAAGUAAAAGAUGCCAAGAAGCAAAGGAAAGCGGACAAGCUGAUCAAACAGUUGGACAAGCAGAAAGAGCAAGAGGCCGAAGACAGAGCCGAACUAGAAAGAAGCCAAAACAAAACAGUGCUAGGUAGGCCGUACACAGUGAGUGUGGCGCUGCCGGGAUCUGUCCUGGACAACGCUCAGUCCACCGAACUUCGUACAUACCUGGCCGGACAGAUCGCUCGAGCCUGCGUCGUGUUCUGUGUCGAUGAGAUCAUUGUGUUUGAUGAGGAAGGGGACGAUGUCAAGAGCACUGAAGGAGAAUUCACCGGCAUUGGGAAGAAAGGGCAGGCUUGUGUUCAGCUCGCCAGAAUACUUCAGUAUCUCGAGUGUCCCCAGUACCUGCGCAAGUGGUUUUUCCCUAAACAUCAAGAUUUACAGUAUGCAGGUUUGCUAAACCCUUUAGACAGUCCUCACCACAUGAGGAUAGACGAGGAGUCAGAAUACCGAGAAGGAAUUGUCCUCGACAGGCCGACCAAACCAGGUCAAGGUUCACUAGUCAACUGUGGCAUGAGGAAGGAAGUUCGUAUUGAUAAACAGCUGCAGUCCGGACUCCGAGUCACAGUCCAGCUCAACGAGGCGCAAAAUCAAGAAAGUAAAAUUUCUAAAGGUGUGGUGGUGGCUCCACAUGUGCCCAGAUCUGAAGGAGGUCUCUACUGGGGAUACACUGUCCGCCUGGCGUCCUGUCUCAGUGCCGUUUUCACAGAGAGUCCGUAUAAAGAAGGAUACGAUCUGACUAUUGGUACAUCCGAGAAAGGCAGCGACAUGGACCAAACCACACUGUCCCAAUUCAAUCAUCUUUUGGUGGUGUUUGGGGGUCUCCAGGGAUUGGAGGCCAGUCUAGAUUCAGACCAGAACCUGGAAGUGACUGACCCCAGUGUUCUAUUUGACAUUUACCUGAACACAUGUCCAGGUCAGGGCAGCAGGACCAUUCGCACAGAGGAAGCCAUCUUAAUUUCCAUGUCAGGCCUGAGACACAAGAUCACAGCUGCUUUUUCCGAUGUUUCCACUGGCUGAUUUAAUAAUGAGUGAUGGAGGAACAUAAAGACAUGUUUGUAGAUGUUUUAUCAUCUUAAUGGUGUCACAGAGUUGUUAAAUCAAAAUUACAGCAGAGUCUACUGUGCCAUUGUCUCAAGGAUGCUGUCAUUGCCAUACACCACAUCCGAUUUCUCCUUGUGUUGCUAUUGAGUUACCAUUCUGUAUUGUUCUAAAUGAUUCAACAUAUUGUACAGAUACAGCUACUUUCUCUGAGUUUGAACUGACUUGUAUUUGUUUCUAAGCAGAUACUUGGUUUUAUACAGUACAGAACAUUUCAUGGAAAGGGUUGAGACCAGCACAACAUGUCAACAUCAUCAAUUAACACCAGUCUUCUUUAGGUUUCUGAGCAAACAGGCCAAACAUCUUUGAAAUGAAUUGGAGAUUGUGAGUGGUCCAUGUGCUUUUAGUCACAUCUGACAAUUCUAACUUUCUACAGAGCUGCAGGUCUUUGCAGCUCUUUGAUUGUCUUCCUGAUGCAUGCUGCAAACAUCUGCACCUUUUACCUUUUCCUUCUUAAGGAUAAAUGUUAGAAACCAUUUUAGAGACAUGUGUCGAUUCAACCAAGUUGUCUAAGACUUGGUUUACUAUUAAUUUAAAUAAAUGAGUUGGACAGAGUAUUAGAAACCGAGCUUUUGCGUCAUCCAGAAACCUUGGGAGUUUAAGUUGCCAUCUUCUGUGGUGUAGAUAUUAACUUUAAACAUUUUUGCAUUGAUACAGGAGCACAACAGAUCAAGUAUAUGUUGUCUAUUUAUUGCUGACCAAUAGAUUCACAAGUACAAGGCUUCUGAUCAAAACCAGUCAAGCGUUGUGAAACAAGCCUCACCAGCAGAUUCCGUAUAUCUGAGAGAACGGUUGUUUUACUUGCAAAAGGCAACACUGUUCAAGAAAUCCCAGCCUUCUCUCCAUUAUGUUUUUACAUACAAAUUGUAACGUAACUUUCAGUUUAAUCGUGCAGUUCUAAGAGCAACAUACCAACAGUUAACAAGGCCAUGAUAUAUUUGAAAUUAAGUCGCAUGCGCUGCAAUGCCAGAGGUUUUAAAAAAUAAAAAAAAAAACAUUUAAAAUAUGAGGCAGGGGGUUUAUGAACUGUGCAAAACGUUCAAAUCAACAUCUGAGGCAACAAAAAAAAUGCUAAUUUCUAAUUGAGGGUUUAUCAACAUGAAAACAAAAGUAACAUUUGUAUCUGCAGAAAUUGAUUUCUGAAUUUUACUUUCUGGCAUAUGUCAGAAUAUUACCAACACCAAUGAUAGACGCGCUAACUGUUUUGUAACUAACUGUUGUAUCAAUCUAAAUAAACUUAAGUAAACCAA